CGUAUCAACAUUCGUGAAUCUUCUCCACUCUCUCUCUCUCUCUCUAGAUUUCAAAUUUGGUACCUCAAUCAAAAUGGGAAUCUGUGUGUCGUUUAAUCGGAAAGACUCAAAUUCUUCGCCGACGGUGAAGAUCGUGACGGUUAACGGCGAUCUACGUGAAUACAAUGUUCCGGUGAUAGCAUCUCAAGUUUUGGAAGCUGAAUCGGCGGCAGCUUCGUCUUCCUCUAGAUCUUCUUCUUAUUUCAUCUGCGAUUCAGAUUCUCUCUACUACGACGAUUUCAUUCCGACGAUCAAAUUGGAAGAACCGCUUCAGGCGGACCAGAUCUACUUCAUUCUUCCGAUCUCUAAACGUCAGAAUCGUUUAACGGCGUCGGAUAUGGCGGCUCUCGCCGUUAAAGCAAGCGUCGCGAUACAAAACUCUGUUAAGAAAGAAUCUCGUCGGCGAAAGAAGGUGAGAAUCUCUCCGGUUAUGAUGUUGACGGGGUCUAACGAUUCCGUUAACGGAAAUGGAAGUGAAACGACCGUUAAGAAGGGACGGGCGUUAGUGAGUAAACCUGCGCCGUUUAAAGCUUCGAGUGGUUAUAACCGGUCCGGUUCGGUUCGUAAUUUGAGGAGAUACACGUCUAAGCGAGCUAAGCUGGCGGUUCGAUCAUUUAGGCUGAAACUUUCGACGAUUUACGAAGGCUCCGUCGUUUAGAUUUAUUUAUUUAUUAAGUUGCUUUCAAUUUUUGAGGAACAAAUAAAUUAGCAAAAGAAAA